CUUCAGGCGACGAGAUGAAGUAUCUCUUCUCUCCCAGGAACCGUUUCUCUACCUGGAGACAGCUGUGGCUCUGGCUCGCCGAGGCCGAGAAAGAGCUCGGUUUGCCGAUCUCCGACGAAGCCAUUGAGCAAAUGAAGGCCCACCUCACUAUUCAGGACGACGAAUUCAAGGUUGCCGCUGAGGAGGAGAAGCGCCGUAGACACGAUGUCAUGGCUCACGUCCACGCCUAUGGCCAGGUCGCUCCUGCCGCUGCCGGAAUCAUCCACUGGGGCGCCACCUCCUGCUACUGCACCGACAACGCAGACUUGAUCUUCCUCCGUGACGGACUCGAUAUCCUCAUCCCCAAGCUUGCUGUCGUCAUUGACAAGCUGUCUGCCUUCGCUAAGCAGUACAAGGACCUGCCCUGCCUGGGUUUCACCCACGGACAGCCCGCUCAGCUUGUUACCGUCGGAAAGCGUGCCUCCCUGUGGAUCCAGGACUUGCUCAUGGACCUGAAGAACCUUGAGCGGGCUCGCGAUGACCUGCGCUUCCGUGGUGUCAAGGGUACCACCGGUACUCAGGCCUCUUUCCUCCAGAUCUUCGAGGGCAACCAUGACAAGGUUGAGCAGCUGGAUGAGCUGGUCACCGAGAAGGCUGGUUUCAAGUCUGCGUACAUCAUUUCUGCCCAGACCUACUCCCGUAAGAUUGAUGUCGAUGUUGGCAAUGCCCUCGGAUCUUUCGGCUCUACCUGCGAGCGCAUUGGCAUUGACAUCCGUCACUUGGCCAUGCUGAAGGAGGUCGAGGAGCCCUUCGAAAAGGACCAGAUUGGUAGCAGUGCUAUGGCUUACAAGCGUAACCCCAUGCGGUCCGAGCGUCUGUGCUCUCUCGGAAGACACCUUCAGAACCUCCCCAAGGAUGCUCUGGACACCUAUUCUGCUCAGUGGUUCGAGCGCUCUCUCGAUGACAGUGCUAUCCGCCGUAUCAGCAUCCCCGAACUCUUCCUUUCGGCCGAUGCCUGUCUCAUCCUUCUGAACAACGUCACCUCCGGCUUUGUUGUUUACCCUGAAGUCAUCAGACGCCAUGUCAACGAUGAGCUGCCCUUCAUGGCCACUGAGAACAUCAUCAUGGCCUGUGUGAAGAAGGGUCUGUCCCGUCAGGACGCCCACGAGGAAAUCCGUGUCCUCUCCCACCAAGCUGCUGACAACGUCAAGAAGCUCGGCUUGAACAACGACCUGCUCGACCGCGUCCGUCGCACUGCUUUCUUCGCCCCCAUCCUGGAUGAGCUUGAUGCUCUCCUUGACCCCAGCACCUUCGUCGGCCGUGCUCCCCAGCAGGUUGAGAAGUUCCUCUCCACCGAAGUGAAGGAGGCUCUUAAGCCCUACGAGGCCCAGGUCGCCAAGGCCGAGACCUCUGCCCUCUACGUAUAGAUUUUUCCCGCACGGGCGCACAUAUAGACACGUCAUGGAGUUAUACCGAGCGGGCAGGCCGGACAGGAGCGAAUUGGCGUUUUCUUCCUCCACAAUCUCCCUACACAAAAGCGAAAUCUAGUCAUGCGACAUGCCAGCGAAAUCUGUUCCAAAGUACCUUGAUUUGACUAAAAAGGGAAGAAAUCUAAAAAAGGCCGUUUUAGCAGAUUCCAGCAGUCUAAAAGACCAUGUGUAUAGAUAAUAUAAUUGAUGAAAUGAUAUGAGAUGUUAAUAAUGCAC